CGCCGGUCUGUGAUUCCUUAGCAAAGCCGUUUUAUCUUCUCUUUUUUGUUUCUGGAAGACAGCUCUUUAGCCGAUUCAGAAAUUUUCCGCAAACUUUAAUCGUAAAGUGACAGUUUGGAUAGCAGUAUUUGCAAAUAAGGAUUGAUAUCUCUGCGAAUUCCGGGCUGACAGUCGGAUGAUAACAGAACGAGCUCACGGAGUUAAACGAAAGCUACCUGAAGUUGAUGGCGAUGGAGAGUUUCACGGCCGUUGUCUUCAACGACAAACAGUGUUCAAUAUUUCGAUCUGCAAACUGCAGAAAAGCUUCACUAGGCCAGAGCCUGUCCUCUUCAGGACCGUGUUGAUCUCUAAUACGCUUCGUCUCAUCGAAGAGGACAUCAGAGAAGAGCGGAGGACUUUAGAGACCACAGUUUUGAGCGAACCUAGCGACGGAAAAACAUUCGAUAGAGCAGUCAACAGAGCUGAGCCAGUAACUCUCUCUGGCCACAAUAUCGGCACGCGAUCACGCGAAACUUCAAAAAGUUCGCUAACUUUUGAGCAAGAGCUGAAUAUUCUGGGUGAUAAAAUGAUAAAAGAACUUGAACUCGACAUAGAGAAGACUAACGUAAACGAAGUGCGCGCCAAAGGGAAAUUAGAAGCACUAGUUCAAAACCCCUCGCGCUCCGCCGAUUCGAACAACAAUACUUCGAGCUUCGAAGAACGCCACGAACGAACUGAACGAACGAUCACGGAUGACGUGAUUCGAGAAUUCACAUGUGGAAGUCUUCUGGGGCUGGAAUUAACCGAAGAACUCGAGUUUAAAGACGUUGAUGUUUCGCUCUACGACUUUGACGUUCCCAACGGAUCGUUUCCGAUCGAUUUUGAUGAAUUUUGCAGUGCUUGGAACCUUGGAUCAACUAGCGUUGCUGCACGAAGUUUGCCUUCGAGAUGUAGUGACAGCGUAAAGCUUGAAAGAGCAAGCGAACACGCUUACGAUGAACUUGACCAAGUAAUGCAAAUUCUAGUUGGAUCGUAGCUAAACUAGUAUCUGGCCAUAAAUUUCAAAGUGAAAAAAAAGCUUUAGAACGUUUAUUUCUACAGUUCGCAGCAGAGGUUACAGUCUAUUUAGAAAGACGAGUUAGAAAUUAAGAUAAUAUUAAGUUUCAGCUUGUGGGCUUUAGUCUAUUUAUAUUCGGUUUUGCCGAUAGAAUCCACAACUUUUUUUAUAUGCAAUACGAAAUAAAUAUUUUAUGUGAAUUUGGAGAUGUAUUUGAAGUUGUAACAGAAUAUUUUUGCAGCAUAUUUGUAGGUAAUUUAUACUGUAUUAUAAUAUCUCUAUGUAUAACACGGCAAGCUUUGUAAGUUUACCGUUCUUUUAAAAUGCAGUCUGCAGCUAAAUAAUUACGUUAUCCAAAUAGGAAAUUAUUGAGUCAAGCCACUCGAAAAUAUUUUAUAAAGAAGUCGAAUUGACUGAUUUAUGGAGCUAGAACAUUCGCAUGCCUAGCUGUGAAGAAUUUGGCUUAUUUGCAGUUCCUUUUUCAGUGCAAUGUUUUCUUAAUUUGGGAAUACUUAUGUAGAACGAGUGCCAUGCAAAUGGCUGGAAAUGAUUAUGAAUUAGCUUAGUUUUUGAUUUACGAUCUCUUAAUGUAUUGUGAUAAAUGACAAGUGGGCUAAUAAAUCAUACUUUUGAAAAUUUA